CAGAACUGAGAAUUGAUUUUGCAGAAUUCUAAAGCAUGAGCUCACAAUUGGUGCAUGUCUCCACCAUUACUCCCCCAUUUGCCUCCUCUCACCAACAUCACCACUUCCUCUCCCAGAGAAUUUACAUUCCUGCUAAAGUCUACGAGCACCCGGCUGCUCUUCUCCUCGAGAGAUGCUCUUCUCUGGAAGACCUCCGACACAUUCUCCCUCUCGUCUUCAAGAACGGUCUUCAUCAGGAGCAUCUCUUCCAGACCAAACUUGUCAGCUUGUUCUGUCGCUACGGCAGCGUCGUGGAGGCUGCUCGUGUUUUCGAACCCGUUGAAGAUAAGCUCGAUGUUCUGUACCACACCAUGCUUAAAGGGUACGCUAAAGUUCCUGAUUUGGAUAAGGCUGUGAGCUUUUUUGUUCGGAUGAGGUGUGAUGAUGUUGAGCCUGUUGUGUAUAACUUCACUUAUCUCUUGAAAGCAUGUGGAGACGAGACAGAGGUUAGCGUGGGGAAGGAGAUUCAUGGGUUGUUGGUGAAGAGUGGGUUCUCGUUGGAUUUAUUCGCCCUGACUGGGCUUGAGAAUAUGUAUGCAAAGUGCAGGCAGGUACAUGAGGCUCGCAAGGUGUUCGAUAGAAUGCCUGAGAGAGACUUGGUUUCGUGGAACACUAUGGUUUCUGGGUAUUCACAGAAUGGGUUAGCGAGGAUGGCGUUGGGGAUGGUUACUCGAAUGUGCGAGGAGAAUAUGAAGCCUAGUUUUAUCACCAUUGUUUCUGUUUUGCCUGCUGUCUCUGCUUUGGGGUUGGCUAGUGUUGGUAAGGAGAUUCAUGGGUAUGCCAUGCGUGCUGGGUUUGAUUCUUUUGUCAAUAUCUCCACUGCUUUGGUUGACAUGUACGCGAAAUGUGGAUCUCUGGAAACCGCUCGGCGGCUUUUUGAUGGUAUGUUGGAAAGGAAUGUUGUUUCAUGGAAUUCAAUGAUUGAUGCGUAUGUGCAGAAUGAGAAUCCUAAAGAGGCGAUGGUGAUUUUUCAGAAGAUGUUGGAUGAAGGAGUGAAACCUACUGAUGUAUCCAUCAUGGGUGCUUUGCAUGCUUGUGCUGACUUAGGGGACCUUGAGAGAGGAAGAUUCAUCCAUAAGUUAUUGGUUGAUUUGGAUCUUGAUAGAAAUGUGUCAGUAGUGAACUCUUUGAUCUCCAUGUAUUGCAAGUGCAAGGACGUUGAAACAGCAGCUUCUUUGUUUGGGAAAUUGCGGACAAGAACACUUGUUUCUUGGAACGCAAUGAUAUUAGGAUUUGCACAGAAUGGUCGUCCUAUCGAAGCAUUGAAUUACUUCAGCCAGAUGCGGGUUUGGACUGUGAAACCGGAUACGUUUACUUAUGUGAGUGUCAUAACUGCUCUUGCAGAGUUGUCAGUUACACAUCAGGCCAAGUGGAUACAUGGGGUGGUAAUGCGAAAUUGUCUGGACAAGAACGUGUUUGUCGCAACGGCUCUUGUCGACAUGUAUGCUAAAUGCGGAGCUAUUAUGACUGCAAGAAAGAUUUUUGACAUGAUGAGCGAGCGUCAUGUGACAACAUGGAACGCGAUGAUAGAUGGAUACGGGACGCAUGGUAUUGGGAAAGCUGCUCUAGAGUUGUUUCAAGAAAUGCAAAAAGGAAACAUCAAACCAAAUGGUGUCACAUUUCUUUCCAUCAUCUCUGCUUGCAGCCACUCGGGUUUGGUAGAGGCAGGAGUCAAGUGCUUCCAUAUGAUGAAGGAAAGCUACAGCAUAGAACCGUCAAUGGACCACUACGGAGCCAUGGUUGAUCUUCUAGGUCGAGCUGGACGGUUGAAUGAAGCAUGGGACUUUAUUAUGCAGAUGCCUGUUAAGCCAGCUGUUAAUGUAUAUGGUGCCAUGUUAGGUGCUUGUCAGAUUCAUAAAAACGUGAAUUUCGCUGAGAAAGCAGCAGAGAGAUUGUUUGAGUUGAACCCGGAUGAUGGUGGGUAUCAUGUGCUUCUUGCAAACAUAUAUCGCGCAGCUUCGAUGUGGGAGAAAGUGGGACAAGUUAGAGUUUCAAUGUUGAGACAGGGUCUGCGCAAAACCCCUGGCUGCAGUAUGGUAGAGAUAAAGAACAAAGUGCAUAGCUUCUUCUCGGGAAGCACAGACCAUCCCAGUUCCAAGACGAUUUAUGCUUUUCUUGAGAAGCUAAUAUGCAAAAUCAAAGAAGCUGGUUAUGUUCCUGACACGAAUUUAAUCCUCGGCGUUGAAGAUGAUAUCAAGGAGCAGUUGCUUAGUAGCCACAGCGAGAAGCUGGCUAUAUCUUUUGGACUUCUGAAUACAACAGCUGGUACAACUAUUCACGUUAGAAAGAACCUUCGGGUCUGUGCUGAUUGUCACAAUGCUACAAAGUACAUUUCCCUUGUGACCGGACGAGAAAUUAUUGUACGGGACAUGCAACGGUUUCACCAUUUCAAGAACGGUGUAUGUUCGUGCGGAGAUUACUGGUGA